GAGAGAGCCGCCAAAUGUGAGCGACCGGACUUUGUCCCGGGAUGCGGAGACAGAUAUGAUUAGAGUCCUAACCAAAGCAGAGCCGCGCUCUUCCAGCCCUCAAGGCUUAGGUCCUGCUGCUCUGCGCUGUUUCGCUGGUGCCGUGGCGGAGUACCUGCUGUGCCCUGACACCGUGAGCUGCGGUGCCGGACCCUCACCUGGGAGCGGAGAGGUCGCGGAGCGGCGCACGUGCGCGGACGCCUGGACGGACGGCGCGCUGGACGCUGGACAUGGACACUUCGAGGAAACUUGGCGCGCUGCUCUUUCUGGCGCUGCUCUGGGCUCUUCCAGGUGAUUCUCAAAGAGUGGAAAUCCCACGAAAGGACAUGGAGGUGAUCAGGGGCCAGAUAGUAGUCCUUCAAGCCUGGUACAGCCCUACAUCCGAUAUUGACAAAAACACAGUCAUAUGGAACUUUAUGGCCAAUGACUCCAAGCAGAUCAUUUCAUACAGUUCGGGUCAGAUUGGAAUUGGCAGCCCGGAGUUCAGGAAGCGGGUGGGCUUUGCACUCUCCAUGCCCUCCACGAACCUGUCCAUCUUCAUCAACAACACGCAGGAGUCUGACUCGGGGCGCUAUCUCUGCAAUGUCAUCAUUCCAGGAGCCCCCGGCCUCUCAGGAGAGCUCCGCCUCAAUGUCAAGGUUCCUCCCUCGAUCCCUGUGUGUAAGAUGACAGGGACACCAGUACUCAAGGGUAAUGUCACAUUGAGCUGUAGAUCCAAAGCUGGAAAACCAGUCCCUCAGUACAAGUGGACCAAGAGUGCACCUGCAUCAGAAGUCUUCUUUUCUCCCAUGCAGACUUGGAGAGCCUGUCCUCAGCCCCUGCUUGUGCUGGGGUAUCUGGAUGAGAAGCAGGGCACUCUGCGCCUGAGUAACCUGACCCAGGGCAUGUCGGGGAAGUACGUGUGCCGGGCGAGCAACACGGCGGGCUCCGAGAGCUGCUAUAUCAACCUGGAGGUGGCUGCCUCAAGCAACGUAGGGAUGAUUGCUGGGGCCACCGUGGGCUCUCUUCUUGGACUGGUGGCUAUCAUUCUGUUCCUUGUCUUCAUCAUCAAGAGGAGGAGAGAGGGUGAUGAGGAUGUGGCCAAUGAAAUCAAGGAAGAUGCCCAGGCUCCAAAGCGUGUUUCUUGGGCCAGGAGUGGUACAGGUUCGGACAACAUCUCCAAGAACGGCACGCUGUCCUCCCUCGCCGCCAGCCCUCGCCCCCACAACCACUGUACCCACAACCCAGCUUCCGACACUGCCUCCAUUCUCACAGCCGUAGGCAGUGCUGCUGGUUAUCGCCUUCGACCGGGAGACCCCAGCGUCCUGCAGGGCCUUCCUGGAUAUAACGGUAGCAGCACCUUGCCCCGCCGCUGUCCGCCAGCAGCCAGCUACAGCUCCAGCCCCCUGCACAGGACUGAUGGUGCCCAACCUCAGGCUCCCCGGCAUCCUUUCAUGCCCCCUACAGCUGUGACCCGCUCCAACAUCUCGCGCAUGGGUGGUGUUCCUGUCAUGGUACCUACGCAGAACCAGGCAGGUUCUCUGGUGUAG